AUGGAUAUUGAGUCAACAACACAAUUAAACAAGGCUGAAUUUUUCUCUCAUUGGGGAUCUUCCAAGGCUUUGCCCAGUAACUCCAAGUCCAAGAUGAUCAAUGUCGCAAGCAGUAUAAAGAAGAUUGGCCAAGAUGACCCCAGACGAGUAAUUCACUCAUUAAAAGUGGGAAUUGCUCUCACAUUAGUGUCCUUGUUUUACUACUUAAGGCCUCUUUAUGAUGGUUUCGGAUUGGCAGGAAUGUGUGUUGUUCUGACGGUGGUCGUCCUAUUUGAAUUCAUCGUAGGUGCAACCCUCAGCAAAGGUUUAAAUAGAGGAUGUGCUACACUAUUAGCUGGUGCUUUAGGGUUUGGAGGCCAACACUUAGCUACUGUUUUUGGAGAAAAGGGAGAACCUGUUGUAUUUGGGACCCUUGUCUUCAUUCUAGCUGCAGGGUCUACGUUUUUCAGAUUUUUCCCAAUCAAGCAAAGAUAUGAUUAUGUGUUGAUAUUCAUAUUGACAUUUUGUUUGGUUACUGUAUCGGGUUACAAAGUCGUGCAACUCUUUGAGCUUGUUCAUCAGAGACUUUCUACAAUUUUAAUAGGGGUAGCAAUAUGCAUGGUCAUCUCCAUAUUGGUUUAUCCAAUUUGGGCAGGCGAAGACCUUCACAAGUUGGUAGCAUCCAAUAUAGAAAAGCUAGCAAAUUACCUAGAAGGAUUUGAAGGCGAAUAUUUUCAAUGCUUAGAUGAUAAAAAAAAAUUGAGGAGUCUGUUCUUCAAGGAUAUAAAAGCGUUCUCAAUUCCAAAGCAAAUGAAGAGUUCUUGGUGA